AUGAAGGUAUUUGUUACAGGUGCUUCCGGUUUCAUUGGAACCCAAGUCGUUCGCGAACUUCUUGCUGCAGGACACGAAGUUGUCGCAUUAGCAAGAUCAGAUGCUUCCCAAGCUAAGUUAGAAAAGUUCGGUUCUAAGGUGAGUGUUCUUCGCGGAGACCUUAAUGACUUGGACUCUCUCAAGAAAGGUGCAGCAGAAUCAGACGGUGUUAUUCACUUAGGGUUUGUUCAUGACUUUAGUAAGUUUGAAGAGUGUUGCCAAAUCGAUCGCAAAGCUACUACAACUAUGUUAGAUGUCCUUGAAGGUACUAACAAGCCAUUUAUAAACACUAGUGGUCUUUUAAAUCAGAGAGGUAAGGUUGCAAUUGAAAGUGAAUAUUACCCUCCUGUUAACACGAGAGCAGGAACUGAAGACUUAGCAUUAACUUAUAAAGAUAAGGGAGUAAGGGUAACAUCUAUAAGAUUAUCACCAACAGUCCAUGGAGAAGGUGACCAUGCUUUCAUUCCGAUUCUCAUUGGAGUUGCUAGAGCCAAAGGAGUUGCAGCAUAUAUUGAAGAGGGACUGAAUGUAUGGCCAGCAGUUCACGUUAAUGAUGCUGCAAAGUUAUUUGUUCUUGCACUUGAAAAGGGUGUGGCCGGACAUGUCUACCAUGGAGCUGGUGAAGAAGGGGUCAAGACCAAAGAUAUUGCCACUGCUAUUGGUAAGACUCUUGGUGUCCCUGUAGAGUCUGUAGCCCGCGAAAAGGCUAUGGAGCACUUUGGUUUCCUUGGAUUCUUUUUUGGCUUUGACCUGCCAAGCUCAAGUGAGAUUACUCGCAAGGAAUUAGGAUGGGAACCAAAAAAUAUCACCUUAUUAGAAGAGAUCGCUACAGAAUAUUAUAAAAAUUCUACCCCAGGCAUGUAA